GAGGAAGAUGAAAUACUAGUCAGCUUUGAUGUAAACAGUCUCUAUACGAAAAUACCCAUUCAAAUGGCCAUGAAUGCACUGAAAGAGAAACUAAAAGAAGAUAAUAACCUAAAAGACAGAACACAGUUAUCCGUAGAAGAGAUAAUAAAAGGAGUGGAAUUCUGUCUGACAACAACAUAUUUCACAUUCGAAGGGAAGAUAUACCAACAAAAUGAAGGAGUGGCCAUGGGAUCGCCGAUCUCACCAAUAAUAGCUGACAUAUUCAUGGAUUAUUGGGAAGAGAAUGCCCUUAAACCAUUCAGGUCAUCACUGAAAUGUUGGUGGAGAUAUGUAGACGACACACUAGUAAUAGUGAAAAAGAACGAUAUUGAGAAACUCUUCUCACACAUAAACAGCCAUGUCGACUCAAUAAAAUUCACUAUGGAAGUAGAGAAUGAAAUUGGGGAACUACCUAUGUUAGACUGCAAAAUACAAAGAAUAACAGAUGGUAGCAUUAAAACAACGCUAUAUAGAAAAACCACACACUCUGGAAGAUUUCUUGAUUAUCACUCAGCUCAUCCACUCACGGUGAAACGAGGAUUAAUACAAGGACUUGCAGAUAGAAUACGUAGACUUACAACAACGCCAGAGGACCAAUGUAAAGAAAUAAAUGUCCUAUUCAAAAUGCUACUCGAAAACAACUACCCAAAAGAAUUUAUAAAAGAUAAUAUAAAAAAGAGAAAAAAGAGGGUAAAACCGGAGAAUAACAAGAUGGAAGAAUGCAAAAAGACAGUCACAAUACCAUAUAAAAAUGGUACAUCAGAGGCAAUUCAAAGAAACCUCAAAAAUAUCGGCAUUCACACAACUUUCAAACCGACAAAUCUAAUCAAAAAUAAAAUAAAUCAACUGAAAGAUCCCAUAAAAAUGAUGGAUAAAAACAACUUGAUUUACAAAAUAUCUUGUGCUGACUGUCCAACUAAAUAUGUGGGGCAAACGUCCAGAUCACUCAAAAUAAGAGUGAAUGAACAUAAACGCCUAACCAAAGGUCAACCAACAGGAACACAAGCCUACAAAAAUCUUGAAAAAAAUUCAUCGAUAGCUGCACAUGCAUGGGACAAAAACCACAAUAUCGAUUGGGACAAUGUGUGUAUUCUAAAAACUAACAUGAACAAAUGGAAAGAAAGACUUAUAACAGAAUCGAUAUUCAUUAAAGUCACACCGGAUACAUGUAACAAGGGUGACUCAGUACAACUAUCAACAACUUGGAAUAUAAUUCUGAAUACAAACACAUGAAUGAACGUGGAAUAUAACUCAAAUACAAAAAAAAAAAACAUGAAUGAACAAAAAUAAUGAACUAUAUAUAUGAGUACAAAUCAUAAAUGUGUGAAUCAAACAAUUCCAACAGUGGUGUGAACACGGGCAGUAAUUUUGCUCGAAAUAUUACCAAUAACAAAACUUAUCAUUGUGUGUAAACUAUUGAAAU